AUGACGACUCCAUCCACUGACUGUAAAGCUCGAUCAGACUGCCGAGAGCAUCUGCGGCCCAAAGGCUCAAAGGUACCGGUAAAUGUCCAUUCGGUAGAGAUCUCUCAAAGAAAGAAGCAUACAUUCAAUAACCUUGAUCCUUCAACUUGUGCUUCUCUCAAGCUCACCGUCCUCAACCCCACCGGUCGCGUCUGGACAAUGGUCGCAGCGUCCAUCAUCUACAACGAUACCAUCGCAGCAGCCGGUUUCGCACAUGAACUCGCCAAAUAUGAUCCUCCUGGUAUCGCAAACUUCACCAAUGCAGUUCCAACCUUCAAGGGCAUUAUCCAGGCAUUUACAUCCUACAACCUCAACUCAGUGCACACAAUGCCAAGAUCUAUGUCCGUCAUAGCGGUCCCAACUGGCAAGCAGGUCUUAAAGCCAUCCGUCUACUUGACGAACCCCUCGGCAUCCCCAUCCGUGUCUUCGGCCCCGAUACCCAUAUCACCGAAAAUCAUGCCCAUUGCCCUCGGCCUCAAAUCCACAACAAGCUCGACAGCACUCACAAGCAUCCCCGCUGUCGCACCCGGCAUCCCCAAGAUCUCACCCGCAGCUCCCGAGCCCGGGGCCAGCAAUGUGGGAACCAUCCAUGCAGACGGCCCAACGAUGUUGUCGUCCGCUUCGAUUCCUGCCGACGGUACCAAGGGCUCCAGGCCCACAUACAGGCCCUUCAACGAAGACACCCGAAGCUUCAUCUAUGCGCGCCCGUCCGAGUUUGGCAGCUAUGAUUUACCCCUUUGGUGGACACACAUCCAGAAAUUCUACUGGGGCACACGCGACACUCUUCUCCCUGUAUACACCUCUCUUGAAGAAGCUGUCGAGAAGCACCCCGACGUCGAUCUAGUCAUCAACUUUGCGUCCAGCAGAAGUGUGUAUAGCAGUACAAUGGAAUGUUUGGGCUAUGAGAGUAUCAAGACCAUUGCAUUGAUCGCCGAGAGUGUGCCAGAACGCCAGGCAAGGGAGAUUCUGUGGAAGGCAAAGGAGAAGGGCGUGUUUAUUAUCGUCCCUGCUACUGUUGGUGAGAUCAAACCUGGUUGCUUCAGGAUCGGCAAUUCUGGAGGCGUGAUGGACAACAUCGUCGCCUUCAAGCUCUACCGCCCCGGCAGCAUCAGUUACAUCUCCAAUCCGGAGGAAUGUCCAACGAACUCAACAACAUUCACAGCCUCGUCACAAACGGCACCUACAAAGCUGACUUCGGAUGAAAAAUGCUCGUCCUCUGGUCAAGUCGGCGGUGUCGAAGAAUACCAUGUCAUCGAAGCUGUCAAAUCUGGCAAGAUCAAGAAACCCAUUGUUGCAUGGGCGAUCAGGACCUGCGCAAGCAUGUUCACCACCGAGGUGCAGUUCAGACACGCAGGGAGUAUGGCCCACAGUGAUAGCGGGACUGCUGCUGCUAAGAACAGGGCUACAUACGAGGUAGGCUUCAUCGUGCCCGCUACCUUCGAGGAGGUCCCUGCUGUUCUGAAAAGCACACACGAGGCCCUUGUCGCGCAGGGCGUUAUCAUCCCCACUAAAGAAGUCGAGCUGCCUGUGAUUCCCAUGCAUUAUAAAUGGGCGCUAGUUCGUUGA